AUGCAUCUCACCCAAGGCCUGACGCCCUUGCUGGCGCUCCUCGGCAACCUGGCCGUCGCCGAUGCACGACGCUCCUCCGACGCCGCCGCGGAGCUACCGCCCAGUCGGGACCCGUGGUACACGCUCCCCGCCGGCGCCGACUGCACCGGUUCCCCAGGCAAGGUGCUACGCCUGCGCCGCGCGCCCAAGAGCACGCGCGACAGCCUGCGCGGCAUCCAGGACGCCUGGAACGUGCUCUUCUGCAGCACCGACAGCCUCGGCCUGCCCACCUUCUCCGUCACCACCGUGCUCGUCCCGCGCCUCGCCGACCGCGCCUCCCUCGCCACCUACGCGCCCGCCUACGACUCCGCCAGCGUCGACAGCAGCCCCAGCUUUGCCUUUCGCGAUCUCCCCUCCGCCAGCGUCGAGCAGGCGCUCUUCGCGCCGCUGCUGGUCGCCAAGCGCUGGGUGCUCAACGUGCCGGACUACGAGGGGCCGCGCGCGGCGUACCUGGCGGGCAACAACUCGGGCCACGGCGUGCUGGACUCGAUGCGCGCGGUGGCGUCGCUGCGGGAGACGAUCGGGUUGAGGGAGGGGUACAGGCAGGCGGUGUACGGGUACUCGGGGGGCGCGUUCGCGGCGCAGUGGGCGGCGCAGCUGCAGCCGGGGUACGCGCCGGAGCUGCAGGUCGGCGCGGCGGCGUACGGCGGGUUGCCGGUGAACGCGACGGCGGCGAUCCAGAGCGUGAAUGGCGGGCCGUCGGCGGGGCUGGUGGUGCUGGCGCUGCUGGGCACGACGGCGCAGGACCCGGCGGCGCGCGCGGUGCUGGUGGACAACCUGCGCAAGACGGGCCCGUUCAACGCGACCACGCUCCUGGGCGCGGCCGCGCUGGACGUCAAGGCGGGGCUCGCGCUGUUCAAGAACCAGGACAUUGCCGAGUACUUUGUCGACGGCUUCAGCUUCCUGCGGGACCCGGCGUUCGUCCGCGCCUUCUACGACGACACCCUGGCGGGCCACGCGGACACGCCGACGAUCCCGCUGUACGUGUUCCACGCGGUCAAGGACGAGCUCUCGCCGAGUCGUGACAUGGAUGAACUGGUGGAGAAGUACUGCGCGGCGGGCGCGCGCAUCCGGUACCGCCGCAACACGGUCGGCGACCACACGGCCGAGGGCGUCGUCGAGGGUAUCCGCGCGCUCAACUGGCUGGGCCGGUUCUUCAAGGAGCGGACGGUCGACGGCGGCGGCGGUUCCUGCUCUCAGCGCUGUAUCACGCAAAACGUCGCGGUGCCGCUCGGCCCGGACACGCUGGCGCUGGUCUUUGCCGUCUUCGGCCAGCAGGGCUUAAGCAUCGCGCGCUUCCUGCAGGCGCACCCGCUGCCGGGCAUCCCGCCGGUGCCGCCGACGGCCACCAACGCGAACAUCUUCGCCGCGCUCAACCUGACCUCGCGGGCGGCGCUCACGAAGAUUGGGCUCGACGACAAGAGGCUGGCCGAGUUUUACGUCAGCGACCAGGACUUGGCGGAGCUGGGUAUUCACUAA